AUGGAUCAAUUAUUUUUAACACGCGAGAAAUUAUUAGCUCAAUUAAAUGAAAUAUCUGGUAGUGGUGGUAAUGAUGGACAUUCACCAUCAACAUCAUCUUCAAAUGAUAAACGAUCACUAUCAACAAAUUAUUCGAAUGAAAUAAAACCUACAAAUUCUCAAGACGAUGAAGGCGAAGAAGGUGAAAUAAGUGAAAGUGACUAA